AUGUCAAGAUUACGUUCUGUUCUUCUAUUAGCUGUGCUUCCGUUAAUAUCUGCACAGUAUUCCUAUCAAGGUUGUUAUAGUGAAAGUGAUAUAAGUAGUUCGCUGUCCAGUGCAGGUGAAUACGAAUACCAAAGUGUCUCAUACUGUCAGGAACAAUGUAAUGGGAAAAGUGUUGCUGCGUUAAUUGAUGGUAACACAUGCUAUUGCGGUGAUGCAUCUUCCAUUAGUGCUUCAACUGUUUCUGACUCAAACUGUCAAGUUAAUUGCGUCGGUUAUCCAUAUGAAAAAUGUGGUGGUGAAGGGUACUUUGCUGUCUAUUCAACAGAGGAUAUCGACUCAGAUGAAAGUUCCAGUUCCAGUUCGAGCACGAGUUCAAGUUCAAGCUCAAGCUCAAGUUCCAGGUCGACUUCAAGUUCAAGUUCAAGUUCAAGUUCAAGUUCAACUUCUUCCAGUACCUCAUCCAGUGCAACCUCAACAGAUUCUUCAAGCACUGCCGCUACAACGUCAUCUUCUGAUACUUCAGGCACUUCUUCUAGCACUGAUAGUACGCUUUCAUCUUUGUCUAGCUCCAUCGCCUCUACUACCAGUCAUUCAAAAGUUGUAACAACACAGGUUUCAGUCAUUACUUUAAAUGGUGAGAGUAGGAGUAUUGUUGCCGUUACAACUACAAGUACCGUCGUGGCAACCACAGCCGAAGGUACCAACACUGCAAACUCUAAAACGGAGUCAAAUAAAUCUUCAUCAUUGUCUAAUGGUGCUAUCGCUGGUAUUGUUGUGGGUGUUGUUUUGGGUGUGUUACUGAUCGCAGCAAUUAUCAUUUUCUUCAUCUGGCAACAGCGAAAGAAAAGUAAACGGUCAGACUUCGAGGAAAGUAAGCAUUACCAACCUUAUUCGUUUGGUCAAGAAGAAGACAUCGUAGUCCCACCAGUUACCGGAGGUGGAUUUGGCGCUGCUGCUACUUUACCAAACUCUCAUUCAGCAUCAUCAUCCUCUGAUAGAUCUGGUGUAAGUCAAAAUAGGGAGAAAAGAUUGGAUAAUAAUGGAAACGAAAUCAGUGAUUCGCAAAUCGUUAGUCCGUUUGGAGAAACUAUGGAUCAACCAGACCUAACACAACCUCCUGUACGUCCGACAAUGGGAAAUCCUAGAUUCAGCAAUGGUUCUUUACCAGAUGUAACUCAACAAAGGCGACCGCUAAGAAUCGCCAAUCCAGAUGAGCUGGAUGAUGAGGAUACAGAAUUCAAUUCGAUCAUCGAAAAUCUCAGGGGAGAUUGA